CGGUCAACCACGAUUGCACCAAACAUAAUUAUUAUUCCGAUAAUAUAAUCCAAUAUGUUAUUGUCCCACGCAACAGGAGAAUUGAUAAGCGCAAAGGAAUGUGGAGCACGCAAAUGAGAAGAUACACAAGGAUGAAGUCGUAUAGAAGAUGGAUGUCAAGCGAGGCGGGAAAGAGAUAUGCAGCGGUUUGGGGGAAUGGGGAUUUCGGAAGGUUAGGCACUGGAUCUUUAGAUUCUCAAUGGCGCCCUAAGCUUCUUCUCUCCUCUUGUUUUGCUAAUCACUCCCUCAAAUCCAUCGCCUGUGGUGGUGCUCACACCCUUUUCUUAACAGAAACUGGGUGUGUUUAUGCCACUGGUCUUAAUGAUUUUGGACAGCUCGGUAUAUCAGGCAACCUUUCUUAUACGACGGAGCCUGUUAAAGUUUCUGGACUUCAGAAGGAAAUUAUGCAAAUUUCAGCUGGUUACCAUCACUCUUGUGCUAUUACAGUGGAUGGUGAGCUUUAUAUGUGGGGAAGGAACUCAAAUGGACAACUUGGCCUUGGAAAAAAGGCGCAAAGAAUAGUCCCUCUACCAACAAAAGUGGAGUACUUGAAUGGACUCACCAUUAAACUAGUUGCUUUGGGUUCGGAGCACUCAAUUGCUGUUACUGACAGAGGUGAGGCCUUAAGUUGGGGACUGGGAGGAUUUGGACGACUUGGUCACAGUAACCAAUCAGGCACCUUCAGGUUUUGGACGAGUACUAGUGAGUAUACACCGAGGAGUAUUAAGAAACUAGAGGAGGUUAAGGUUAAAAGUGUUGCUGCUGGGUUGCUUCAUUCAGCUUGCAUUGAUGUAAAUGGCUCCGUUUUUGUAUUUGGUGAAGUAUCAGUUGAUCGAACGGGUUUUGGAGAGGCAAUUGGUGCAGAAAUACCAUCUAUGGUAGGCAAAUUGCCAUGUGCUAAUGAAGUUUCAUGCGGUGGAUAUCACACAUGUGUUGUCACAAGCGGUGGAGAACUAUAUGCAUGGGGUGUCAAUGAAAAUGGUUGCCUUGGUAUCGGUUCUUUCAAUUCAUUGCAUGCACCAGAAAGAGUCCAAGGUCCUUUCCUGAGAUCUCCUGUUGAGAAGGUUUCCUGUGGUUGGAGACAUACUGCAGCAAUUUCUGAAGGCAACAUCUACACCUGGGGCUGGGGAGGUUCUAACGGAACAUUUUCUGAAGAUGGGCAUUCUUCUGGCGGACAAUUGGGUCAUGGGAGCGAUGUUGACUAUCUGAACCCUAAGUCCAUCAUCUUUGAAAAUAAUGUCAAAGUAUUGCAAGUGUCAUGUGGAUUCAAUCACACCGGUGCCAUACUCGAGAAUGCUAAAUCUUAGGGCAUUGUUUACUUUGGCUUUUUAAAGUUUUACAGCACAUCCAUAUAAAUAAAGUGAACGAAGGCAUUACCAUACUUAAUACAUAUGUAAGAGAACUCCUGAAUGAUGUUUGCUUUUAUUAUGCAAUAAAAGUAUCGAUUUGCAAUGUA